AUAUAAAGAUCAAACGGACGACAUGGCUGCCUCCUGUGUGGUUGCAAGCGAGUUGUUUCAAAACAUAAAACUAAUACCGGUGUUUUUUCCUAAGACUUGUUAUUUAGUUCGUCGAAUUAGCACUUCACAUUUACGAUGCGACAAAGAACAUGAGCAGAGAAGCAGAAGUGCUUCGCAGCAGUUGGUUGGAGUGGUUGGUUUGGAAAUUCACGCCCAGAUUAAGUCCAAGACCAAGCUGUUCUCUGGCUCUCCAGUUUGCUUCUCAGCUCCUCCAAACUCCCUGGUUUCAUUUUUGGAUGCGUCUUUACCUGGCACACUACCUGUCUUAAACAGGUGGUGCGUUGAAGCAGCAGUGAUGACGGGACUGGCUCUUAGCUGUACCAUCAAUAAGAAGUCACUUUUUGACAGGAAGCACUACUUUUAUGCUGACCUUCCUGCUGGAUAUCAGAUCACUCAGCAGCGUCGGCCAAUCGCCGUGGACGGCGGGCUCACUUACAGCUUCCUCAGAAGAAAGAAGAGGAGCCAGGUAAUCCGUAAACACGUGCACAUCAAACAGAUCCAGCUGGAACAGGACAGCGGCAAGAGUCUGCACGAUGACGUGCACAACCAGACGCUCAUUGAUCUUAACAGAGCAGGUGUUGGUCUAAUGGAGCUGGUGAUGGAGCCAGACAUGAACUGUGGAGAGGAGGCCGCGGCAGCUGUCAGAGAGCUUCAGCUCAUCCUGCAAGCCUUGGGUACCUGUCAAGGCAACAUGUCUGAGGGCCAGCUGAGAGUGGAUGCUAAUGUGUCUGUUCACAGACCGGGUGAGCCACUUGGCAUCAGGACUGAGGUGAAGAACAUCAACAGCAUUCGAUAUCUAGCCAGGGCUAUAGAUUACGAGAUCCAGAGACAGAUUGGCAUCGUGCAGAGAGGAGAGACGGUGCAAAAUGAGACCCGGGCAUACGAUUCCAAAUUGGGAGAAACCAUUCCUAUGAGGGACAAAGAGGGUCUUCAGGAUUACAGAUUUAUGCCAGAGCCCAACCUGCCCCCUCUGAUGGUGUACGAAGACAUGGCUUCUCUGCCCUCUGGCGUGGAUCCAUGCCAGGCGGUGGUGGUGCAGAACAUAAAAGAAAGGCUGCCGGAGUUACCCAGCGUCAAAAGAGAGCGGCUGGUACAACAGUACGGCAUCCUGCCUGAGCACAGCUUCAUUCUGGUGAUUGAAGAAGGCUUGAUGGAGUAUUUUGAGGAGGUGAUUAAGGGGACCAAGAGGGAGCCGAGGAACGUGAUUGACUGGGUGGCAAACGAGCUGCUGGGUCAACUCAAACAGCGAGACUUGACCCCGAGCCAGAGUCCCGUCUCUCCUGCUGCCUUGGCUGAGCUGCUGGAGCUGCAGGAAACGGGACGCAUCUCCUCAUCAGUUGCCAAACAGGUGCACCAGGAGAUGUGGAGCUCUCCAGGUAAAACAGCCACCCAGAUCAUUCAGGAGCAGGAUCUGGGGCUCGUUAGUGACAUCGCACAGCUGCACAACAUCUGCCAGGAAGUUAUAGAUUCUCAUCCCGAUGAGGUUCACGCCAUCAGAAGUGGAAACAUGAAGGUUUUGAACAAGCUGAUGGGCCUGGUUCGCAAAGAGACCAAAGGGAGAGCUGAUCCGGUUCUUGUGAUGGAGAUCCUGAAACAGAAGACUUCCUGAUUCAGGAACAAAACAGAAAAAACAGCUACGAUGCUAAUUUUCAGAGGC